AUGUCCACAUGCCCCCCCCUUCCCCUGCAAGCUGCUGGCUCUGAGAGCUGCCUAAGGAGCUACCUGGGCCCACACAGCAGCUGCAGGGCGGGGAGGGGCCUGGCUGCAAAGCAGGUGCACCUACACACAUACCCACAAACCCUGUGCCCUGCCAAAGGCGUGGCCCAGCCGGUGACCCGUGAGAGCCGAGGUCACUGGGGGAAGGAGCAAGGACUGUGGUUCCCCCUGGCGGAGCCAUGGGAGGACUAUGAUCAGGAGGAAGAGACAGGAAGGCUCAGACUUCCGGAGGACUUCCUCCAGCUGCCAGAAGGGUUCAGAGAUGCCAGUGUGGAGAGUGGGGGCCGGCUCAGCACCUGGCCAAGGUUUGACCGUAGCCCCACAUCACCGGGCUGUUGUGAGAGUGCAUUCGCUGACAGAAAGUGCUUGAAGCUGCACCUGAUCUCCCGGAAAGCUACCCUGAGUGUCAGUGGCCAGUGGAAGGGACGAUUACAGCUUGGGACAGCCAUGUCCAGCCGGAAGUACAAGGACAGACCGGACGACCAGCCUGGUGUCCGUGGAGACCCGUACUGCCAGCCAGGGCCCAGCCAUCGGAGCCACGAGGCACCCAUGUACCCGUCAACUAGCUCCCACCAGUCUCCGCUGGCGCGCCCUAAGACGCAGCCCCCAUCACCCCCAGGACCCUCUCGGCGGCCGCCUCCUCCACCAGCACGUCCCGGCUCAGCCCCAUGGAACGGCUCGAGAAACGGAGGUGCCCGGGACAACGCCAACCGCAGCUUCAACGAGAAGCCGCCCUUCCCAAGCAAGGGACCAAAGGCCAGCACGGGCCCCAGGCCCGCACCGCUGCACUACUGCGAAGUCUGCAAGAUCAGCUGCGGGGGGCUCCAGACCUACCGGGACCACCUGGAAGGACAGAGGCACCGGAAGAAGGAGGCGGCCCAGAGGGCGGGCGCCCAGUCCAGCGGCGCAGUGCAGGGCCAGCUGCACUGUGACCUGUGCUCUGUGUCCUGCACCGGGGCGGACGCCUACGCCGCCCACAUCCGGGGAGCUAAGCACAAGAAGGUCUACAAGUUGCACACCAGGCUGGGGAAGCCAAUUCCCACCAUUGAGCCCGUGCCAAGGAACUCCACCUCCACCCGUGAACUGGGCGCCCCUGCUGAAGCCCACUCCAGCGGGCUCAAUCCCAGCAGGCCAGCCAGGGGCCAGGCACCCCGGCACAACGGAUCUUCUGAAUCGCACUCCCAGGCGGGGAGACCUAACGCGGAGAGACCCAAUGGAGAGAGACCCAAUGCGGAGAGAGCCAAUGCGGGUCGAGGGGGCCCCGCCGAGCCUGCCCCGAGGGACUGCUGGGAGGCAGAGCCAGUGGGCACCGACUUUGUGGAGGAGGUGUGCAAUGAUGAAGGGAAGUUGAUUCGCUUCCGCUGCAAGCUGUGCGAAUGCAACUUCAACGAUCUCAAUGCCAAGGACAUGCAUGUGACCGGGCGGCGCCACCGGCUGCAGUACAGGAGGAAAGUGGACCCCAGCCUUCCCAUCGCCUCGGGGCCCAACGUCCGCCUGCAGAAGGCGCUGGCCGAGCAGCUGCACCGGCAGCGGCAGGUGACCCAGAAGAAGCUGGAGGACAUGCGACAGCGCUGGCGCAUGGACCUGAGGGAUCAUGAAGAGCGCUGCAAGCGGGCAGAGGAGGAGCCGCAGCCCCCGGAGCAGGAGCUGCCCGCCACGGCGCCGUCCUGGGCCCCGGGGCCCAGUACCAGCAGCCAGGCCACGCCCUCAGCCCCACGUCAGCCCAAGCGCCGGCCGGAGUCCAGUGAUGACCGCCAUGUCAUGGGCAAGCACGCCACUAUCUACCCCACGGAGGAGGAACUGGAAGCCAUCCAGAAGACCGUGUCCCACGUGGAACGGGCCCUCCGCAUGGUGUCUGACAUGCUAGCUGAGGAGGAGCAGGAGAGGGCAGAGGAGGAGGGCUAUGAACACAGCGGCCCUCGGGCCCUGAAAGGCGUCAUGCGUGUCGGCAUCCUGGCGAAAGGCCUUGUCCUUCGGGGGGACCGGAGCGUGAAGCUGGCCCUUCUCUGCUCCCAGAAGCCCACGCGUGCCCUGGUGCAGGAGAUUGCAGAGAGGCUGCCUGAGCAGCUCCUGAUUUUGGCCGAGGACAAGUACGAGAUUUCCUCUGACCCGGAAGACAAUGUGGUCAUCUCCUCCUGCGAGGAGCCCAGGAUACAAGUCACCGUGUCCAUCACUUCGACCCUGAUGCGUGAAGACCCCUCUGCCAACCAAGAAGGAGUGGAGGAUCCUCAGGAUGAGCCGGACGAUAUCCUGAGUCAGGAGAGAUGCCUGGAGUCUCUGGCUGCCCUCCGCCAUGCCAAGUGGUUCCAGGCCAGAGCCAGCGGCCUGCAGCCCUGCGUCAUCGUCAUCCGCGUCCUGCGGGACCUGUGCCGGCGCCUGCCCACCUGGGCGGCCCUGCCAGCCUGGGCCAUGGAACUGCUGGUGGAGAAGGCCCUGAGCAGCGCCGCCAAGCCCCUGAGCCCCGGGGACGCCGUGCGGCGGGUCCUGGAAUGUGUGGCCACAGGCACGCUCCUGCCAGGUGGGCCAGGGAUCCAGGACCCCUGUGAGAAAGACCAGACGGACGCCCUGGAGUCCAUGACUCCCCAGCAGCGGGAAGACGUGACGGCCAGUGCCCAGCACGCCCUGCGCAUGGUGGCAUUCCGGCAGAUCCACAAGGUGCUGGGCAUGGACCGCCUGCCAGCCCGAAGCCGGCUGGGGGCACGCGGGCGGAAGAGGCCAAGAGAGGCGGUGCAGGCCCCGGGAGUCUCCGGUGAGAGGAAGCGGGGCCGGAAGGGGGGCGAGGGGCCUGUGUGAGCCCCGCCCGCCCUCGGCGGCUUUGGCGCGUCUCCACCCAGGCAGCCGGGCACACGGGUGUGCCCGCCACCUGCC